AACUUUUGUUUUGUUUUAAAGUCAUUUUUGUCUCUUCGUUUCUCAAAUAGCAGCGAAUUUUUAAUCAUGUCGUCCACAGUAAUUGCACAACCCCCACCGCUGUACAACACGUGUUUUAAUUUCGUGACCCAACACUUGAAACAAUACACCCACAUUGACUGCACCGGGCUGAAGAUGCCUUCGUUGAUUAAAAAUUCCAUCAUAGAUUAUGUGGUGAAAGUGCAGGGCGGCUUCGACGAUGACGGACAGCUGGCAGUGCUGCUCAAUCCAACGCUGAGCCAGCUUAACCUGACCGGUACAACCAUCACGGAUCGGCUCCUGCUGGUGGUGGUCGAGAAGUGUCCCAAUCUGAAAAGGUUAACGUUGACGAAAGGCAACUACCGGUUUAGUCGGAAGGGAUUGAAGGCACUCUUUGGAAGACUGCACCAUUUGGAGGAAAUUUCGGCGAAAAAUUGCGCUCUGAUCGAUGACAGCUUGGUGGCGAAACUUGCGCUGAACUGUCCCAAUUUGCACCUGUUGGACUUGGAGGCAUGUGUCAACGUUUCGAACUGUUCGGCGGAAUUCCUGAAACAUCGCAGGAUAACGCAUCUUAAUUUAUCGCACACGAGCAUCUCGGAUAAGUUUUUCAAAGUGUUGGCUGAUUCUCCGUGCGGCACGUCGCUGAUUGACUUAAAUGUAAGCUACUGCAACAUAACAUCAGCUGGACUGGAAGUUCUGCAUUGGCAAUCUUUGAAGUAUUUGGGAAUUGAUGGGUGCGAUCUAGACGAUUUUGACUGUAUUGAUGUGGCCAAUAAUCUCGCGUUCGUUCAUUGGACCAUAUAAUGUGAAUUAGUUG